AUGCAUCGAUCCGGGUACGGUAGCGACGGAAUAUACAGGUCUCUAAGGCCUUCCUUGGUUCUUCCAAACAACCCCAACCUCUCCCUCGUUUCAUUCCUCUUCCAGAGCGUUUCUUCUUUUCCAUCCAACACCGCUCUCGUCGACGCUCACUCUUCUCAGACCCUCUCCUUCGCGCAGCUAAAAUCCCAAGUCGCCACGCUCGCCCACGGUUUCCUCAAACUAGGCAUAAACAAAAACGACGUCCUCCUCCUCUUCGCUCCCAACAGCAUCCACUUCCCCGUCUGCUUCCUCGCCGCCACCGCCAUAGGAGCCGUCGUCUCCACCGCCAAUCCCAUUUACACCGUUCACGAACUCUCGAAGCAAGUCCAAGAUUCCAACCCCAAGCUCGUCAUCACAGUCCCAGAAUUAUGGGACAAAGUCAAAAACCUCAACCUCCCCGCCAUGAUUCUCAGCACCACCAACCUGCACGACUCUAAAAACGUGGCACCGAACAUCACGAGUCUCGAUGCGGUUAUGGAGAUGGCGGGGCCGGCGACGGAGUUGCCGGAGAGCGGCGUUAGGCAGGGGGACACGGCGGCGCUGUUGUACUCCUCGGGGACCACGGGGCUGAGCAAGGGCGUGGUCCUGACGCACGGGAACUUCAUCGCGGCGUCGGUGAUGAUCGGCAUGGACGACGACCUAGCCGGGGAUGUAAACGACGUGUUCCUCUGCGUUUUGCCGAUGUUCCACGUAUUCGGGCUGGCGGUGUUGACGUACGCGGCGCUGCGGCGAGGGAGCGCGGUGGUGUCGAUGGGGAGAUUCGAGUUGGAGGCGUUUCUGAAUGCGAUUGAGAAGUACAGAGUGACGAAGCUGUGGGUGGUGCCUCCGAUCCUGCUUGCUAUGGCGAAGCAGAGUGUGGUUGGGAAGUAUAAUCUGUCGUCGUUGAAGCGUAUUGGGUCGGGUGCUGCUCCUCUUGGGAAAGAUUUGAUGGAAGAAUGUGGCAGGCGUUUUCCUCAUGUAGCCGUUUGUCAGGGCUAUGGCAUGACAGAGACUUGUGGCAUUGUUUCUGUGGAGAAUCCAAGAGUAGGGAUUCGUCAUACUGGCUCAACGGGAAUGCUGGCUUCGGGAGUGGAAGCUCAAAUAGUAAGUGUGGAUACACAAAAGCCUCUCCCUCCAAGACAACUGGGGGAAAUAUGGGUACGAGGUCCUAACAUGAUGCUAGGUUAUCACAAUAAUCCACAGGCCACGAGAUUGACUAUAGAUGAAAAGGGGUGGGUGCAUACAGGAGAUCUUGGAUAUUUUGAUGAAGAUGGACAACUUUAUGUGGUUGACCGUAUCAAAGAACUAAUCAAGUACAAAGGUUUUCAGGUUGCACCAGCUGAACUCGAAGGGCUUCUCAUUUCUCACCCUGAAAUACUAGAUGCUGUUGUUGUCCCAUAUCCCGAUGAUGAGGCUGGUGAGGUUCCAAUUGCCUAUGUUGUUCGCUCUCCCAAUAGUUCACUGACUGAAGAGCAAAUUAAGAAGUUUAUUGCUAAUCAGGUUGCACCGUUCAAAAAAUUGCGAAGGGUGACAUUCAUCAAUAGUGUUCCAAAGACAUCUUCAGGAAAAAUUCUUAGAAGAGAUAUAACUGCAAAAGCACGAUCCAAAAUUUAA